CACCAGAUAUACAUGCGGCUCUGCUCUUCCCGUGCUUCGAGUGGAUUGGGCUGCUCUGCUUAUACCCAGUGUUUCUGGCCGUCCGUCUCUUCUUCCACUCAGGAACCUCCCCCAACACUUCGUCCUCAUCGAUGGCGGCCACGGCGAGUGUCACUACCACUGCUCCCUCCUCAUCUCCUGCAGCUCUCCUCAAAGCAUCGCCUUCUUCGCUUAUCUCCUUCCGCCCCGUCUCCCGCCGCUGCAAGCACCUCUGCGUCAAGACCAAGGCCACAGAAAAUGACCAGUCUGCUAAAAAGCCUCAAAAGGUGAACAGCAUUCUUUGCCAGGACUGCGAAGGAAAUGGUGCAAUCGCAUGCACCAAAUGUGAGGGAACUGGGGUGAAUUCUGUUGACUAUUUUGAAGGUCGAUUUAAAGCUGGAGCUUUAUGCUGGCUUUGCAGAGGAAAGCGUGAAAUCCUAUGUGGGAGCUGUAAUGGUGCUGGCUUCUUGGGUGGAUUUAUGAGCACUUUUGAUGAAACGGCGCAAUAGGGUCAUCGGUGUAACUUUUAAGUUGGAUUGGGGGAGCACAAUGUAUGUAUCGUGUUCCAUGGAAACAUAAGCGUGGCCAAACAUGCCAGCCGCACUAUACGUUCGGUGCGAUUUUUUUUCAUGUGCUUUUCUGCUAGUUUUACUCCCUCCAGUUCAAAUUGUAUGCCUUUUUAGUUUCUACCCACGGCCAAAUUUGAGCUGAAGAAUAUUGCACUCCUAAGCAAAUGGUUGUUCAAGCUGCUGACAACA